AAACCAGUCAAACACCAGUUCAACACAUCUCAUUCAACGCACUUCAUUCUCGUUUCUGGUGCAACAUGUCGCACAUCUUAUGCCGAGCAACGAGGCUAAUGUCGACUUCGACAAUGCAACGGGCAGCCUCAAAGAGCCAGCAACCAUACCCUUUUUCCUCGACCGCCCUCACCCCAGAUGUGCACCAUAUACCACCUACACCUUCCCUCCGCCAAGGCAAAGGUUUGAUGGAGUACCUUCAGCAGACACUCCCCACCGCAGAGAAACGCGAAAUGCUUAGCAAGCUCUUCGACAGAAACUCUCCUGGGAGACUGCUCCCAGGAUCCAUCGUCACCGUUCUUUCAGAACAAGCACCGACGUCCUUCACCGGCGUGUUAUUGGCUAUUCGACGGAGAGGUCAGGACACAUCAUUCAGAGUUCGGAAUAUCAUCCAGCGAACAGGCGUGGAGAUGCAGUUCUUCCCAAACUCGCCUGGGUUGAAGGAGAUUAAAGUGAUUCGAAAGCCCCCCAAAGGACGGAUGCGGAGGGCAAAACUGUUCUAUUUGCGGGAUUCACCCGAGAAAAUGAGCAUGAUUGCUGGUGGUAAAAAGUAGAUUAAUUACGGUAGACAAGGUUCUUUACAUUAGAUACAGUGAGCCCUUCUUGAGUCGUUAGUACGUAGGUUGAUGCGUGGAAUAUUGUUCGAAAAUGGUCAAUGCUAAGCGCCUAAACACGAGUUUUCUCCUUCCUUACAUACUGCGACCGCAGCUACUGUACUUUUGCAAUACAUGGCUCCUCGUCGACCCCG